GUUGAAUUUAAAAGAGAAGGUGGUAAACAUUUUAAGGUUAACCAAUGCAUAUUUUUUUGUUUUGCGCAUUAAAUUUUAUUAUUUCAUGGAAUCUCCUCCUACAUAUUUGCCUUUUCAAUACCUGAAUUUCCUUAUUUAUUUCCAUUUUCAUUUUUUAAUUAAAAUAUUUUGAAAUAAAAUAUUUAGUCGUAUGACAAAAAGCAGAUUCUACUUUUUCAUUUCCACUCCCAAAAUAAUCAUCAUUCCAUUCUGAUUACGUCGGGAAAUAUCUAUGGGUGGGUGCAAUAUGUUUUUCUUUAUAUAAAGGAAUUUAGUAAUUGAAUAUUGAAUAUUUGUACACAGAAUACACUUUUUGAUUAAGUUCUUCGGUUUUUUAAUUAGCUUUUUCAUAUUUCUGAUAAUUUUUUUCACUUCGCGUUUUUUUAAGUUUCACUUUUUCCUCAUAUAUUGUAUUUAUACCCAUAUAUUGUAUUUUUUAUUUAAACUAAUAUUUGCUAUUUUACUAUUUUUCUAUCUUUUUUUGUCUUUAAAUUGUUAAGUGUCAAUGCGAUAGUUUUUGAAUUUUUGUUAAAAAUAGAAUUAAUGCAAUAUAAACCUUUCUCUGCACUUUGCUCAUGAUGUUUUCAAGGUCUUAAAGAAAUUUCAUUGUAAGAUUUUUGGCGAUUGUUGUGUAAAUACCCAGAGGGACAUCGCCAAUUAAUCAAAGCUGUGUAUACGGACUUUCAACAAAUGCACAAAAAAACAAACGAAAUGAAAUAAAAUGGUAGCGUUGUUUUAGGACAAUUAUUUAACUCAUCUAACCUUCAUGAGUGUCUAAUUAAAAUAAAUUUGUAUUUAUGUUAACCUCGGACGGAGUAAGUGGCAUUAUGAUUAUUGGCCUUAUGGGCUUAUUUGAUCAUUUAAAUUAUUUGGCAGCUUACUCUUUUCCCCUCCUCAUGUCUUCACAUCGUCACAAUUGCGUGUUAUGUUUGUGUGUUGCUCAUUUCGCUUGUUUAUUGCUUUUUCCAUUUACAUUACCCACAAUAACCUCCUCAACCCUUUUGCGCAGUCGUUUCCGAGUUCCACUUCGUUCAUUUCACCCUCAACCUCUCCAUUGUUCCUAUCAUGUUCCCUCAUAAAAUGCGCGGCCAGACUUUCCCCAAACCAAUCAUUAUUUCUUCGUCCACUUAACUUAAUAAUCCUUUUGCGACCGGAUUUUCAAACUAUUUCCAAUGAAAUUGCCCAUCCAUUCUUACAAAUGCCUGAUGGCCCAAACUAAAUUAUUAUUGAGAAGGCAGAUUAGUAGCAAAAACAAGUAUACAUACUAAAAUCUAAUAAUUCAACUUUUUGUCUUGCUGACCAAUCUAUUUUAUAUUUGGAAGCUCACCAAUAUUUAAAAGGAGCUGGCCUUUUUGUUUUAGUGAUUAAUAAGCUGCAAUAAAGCAACAUGUUGCAACAAAGUGCUCUAAAUCGAACAAGCGGUACUUCAGUUAUAAAUAUAAGUGGACGACAGAAGCAAAAAAAGAGAAUACAACAAGUAGCUAUUACAAAUAAUAGACAAAGUGAAAACUGCCGGCCCAAAUGCUAUGGACAGCUAAGUGCUCCAAGAACAAGUAAAUUUAAAUGCUUAUCCAAUGGAUGCUGUGAUCAACAUGAGUGGUGUCGUUUCUGGGCUUCUAUUGGUGAGUGCAGGGCUAACAUCGAAUGGAUGAAUGAAAAUUGUCAAUUGGCUUGUGCUACCUGUCGUUCCAAUAGCGCGCCAUUAGCAACACUAGUUCACCCACCUCCACGCAUUCAACCAACAUCUCCGUCAGUUGUUCAUGCUACUAAUUCUAAGAGCCCAGUAAGUAGCUCAUCCAGAGAAACUUCAUUCAAGGCACCAAUCCAAAAACAAGGAACUGUUCAAAGAGGAAAGGGGGCAAGUUCUUGUGCAGAAAUUGCCGAUAAGACUGAAAAUGCUGCAGAGCAAUUGGCAAGUUCUGGUCUUUUACAAGCAAUAGAGGAUGUUGCUGGUAGACAAAUAUUGUCCUUGGAUGAUAUCACACGGGCUGUCCCUUCUGGGUGUGUUCCAGAGUUGAACUCGCUCGAAUGUUCUCGUUCAUUAUGCUUCCACCUUGCUUACAGGAGUAUGGACGGAACAUGUAAUAAUCUUAAGCGGCCCUUACUUGGCGCAUCUUUUCGUGCAUAUCUUAGACACUUGCCUGCACAGUAUGAGGAUGGCUUUUCCGAACCAGUCUCUUCAACUAGCGCUCGUAGGCCUACUCCACGUGAGGCAUCACGUUUACUUUUGGCUAGCUCUCAAAUGCACGCUCAUGAACAAUUAAACUCGCUACUCAUGCAAUGGGGACAAUUCAUUUCACAUGACAUGGCCCGAACUACCCUUCAUCCUACUGCCAAUUGUGGUACCUGUGAUGUCAUUCCGAGUAAAUGUGUUCCUGUUACAAUCUCGAAUAAGGAUACGAAUGAUGCAUUUAGACAGAAAGGUUGCUUGAAAAUUUCAAGAGCUGUGCCUGUCUGUGGUACAGGGAACCCGAGUAGACCUAGAGAGCAAUUGAAUGAAAACACUGCAUUUGUGGAUGGUUCGCAAAUUUACGGAUCUUCUAGAAUGCUAAAAAUGUCAUCUUUCAAUAAUCUCAUGGUUUUGCCCUUUGAUGAAGGACGAUGUGCUAGUGUUAGCAGCUGUUCAGCAUCAUUCUCUGCUGGCGACAUCCGCGCUAAUUUGUUCCUGGGCCUCUCUUCAAUGCACAUAUUGUUUGCGCGAGAACACAAUCGUCUUGUAAGAGCUUUACAAGGCUUAAAUCCAGGCUGGAGCGGAGAUAGACUGUUCCAAGAAGCACGUAAGAUUGUUGGAGCUCAAAUUCAAGCAAUACUUUAUCGAGAGUUUCUACCACGAAUACUAGGCAGUUUCUUUGAGCGCCUUAUCGGCCCUUAUCGUGUGUCAAAUGAAUUCACGACAUCUGCAUACAGAUUUGGCCAUGGAAUGAUUUUAGAACAAUACCCACGCCUAUCCGAGAAUGGGCAACCGAUUGUGCAGGGAUCCUUCGUGUUCGGUGAUGGCAUCUUCAAAUCACAAAAAAUUCUUUUUGAAGGAGGCAUUGAUCCUAUAUUACGUGGUCUCUGGAAUACGCCUUUAAAAAAGCCUCACGGGAUGACACCAGCUAUAACAGAAAAGAUGUUUGGCUCCACUGACUUAGGUUCACUUAAUAUAAUGCGAGGCAGAGACCAUGGCAUACCAUCGUACAAUAAAUGGCGAAACUUUUGCGGAAUGGAACCUAUAAGAUCUUUUGAUCAGAUGAGUGUUCAUGUUUCAGAUGAAAAUGUGCGCAAAGUACUUGCCGAAAAUUAUCCAUCACCUGAUGAUUUGGAUCUAUACGUUGGUGGGAUGAUAGAAGAUCCAGUUAUUGGAGGUUUAGUUGGACCAACAUUAGCGUGUAUAAUUAGUGAUCAGUUUAAGAGAACAAGGGACGGCGAUCGGCAAGUUUUUGAUUAUAUGGCAAGGAUACUCUGUGACAAUGGCGACAGAAUAUCACAAGUUCCUGUACAUGCAUUUAUGUUACCUCAAUCUGGUGGCGGAAUUGAGCAAUGUAACAGCAUUACACGCAUUGAUUUGGCAAAGUGGCGAGAGUGACAAGUGUAAUAAAAAAAAUCCCAUUUCACCCCGAGUGAG